AUGUUUUGAUCGCACUAGGCUUUUAUCUUGCGUAUUGCAAAGUAUUAAUCAGAAACGUAUUAGAUUAUCUAUAAAGUUUUGGAGCACUAUUUUUUAUGCAAAUAAACUUCCGUAAUCUAAAGUUGAAGUGAAUCGGUUCAAUGUUUUGAUCGCACUAGGCUUAGAUGAGUAAAAUCAAAACUGAGGAUCUAAAUCUUUGGGCUUAGAUCCUGUUUCUUACAAUGGUCAUUAGGUCUAGCUUCAGACCUGCCUAGUUUCAGCAACAAUCUCUUUUGAUAAAAAAUGUAAAUAUCGAACAGUCUAAUCAAUAUGACUCUCACCACAAUGAAGAGAAACUUACCUGCACUUUUUAGAUUGUUUGUUACAGUUUUGUUGUCAGUUAGUGUGGUACUCCCUUUCGUAUUUCAAACUUUGGCAGAAGAAAUAGUGGAAUCUAAGAAAUGUAAAGAUUUAUUACUUGGACAAUAUUUAUGUGCAGAGCCUGAGAUAGACCCAGAUACACAACAACCCAGAGGAUGUUCAAAAGAUAAAAAAGUGGCAAAUGUCACAUGUAAAACAGCACCAGAGGUUGUGUGUGAUGGAAGCACAAAUGUUACGUUUCAGCUUGAAGUUCCUUGCAAGUGGACAAAUGGACACUCAUUUGAAACUGCAUUACUGCUGUCUGUUUUUUUAGGAAUGUUUGGUGUUGAUAGAUUUUACUUAGGCUACCCAGCUAUUGGUCUCUUGAAGUUUGCCACACUGGGUUUUAUGUUUUUAGGGCAACUAAUAGAUAUUUUACUAAUUGCAACUCAGGUGCUAGGUCCUUCUGAUGGAUCUUCAUAUGUUUUGGAUUAUUACGGGGCAGCAACUGCUAGAAUAAUUAAAGACAAUGACACUUAUUUAUUCCCUGGUGACUGAUACUUGUAUAUCAGAUUAUCUGUUUAUGUAAUUUAUAUGUACUUUUUUUGGUUGUCAUCUGAAUAAUAGUUUAUGCAUGUUAACUUGGAGUUAAAAUGUUUUCUUCAUAUA